AAAAAGAAAAAACAUAUAAAUAAUGCGAUAUAAAAUCACAUCGUUCUCGUGAACAGAAAUGAAUAAGCCAAAUAAUACGACCAGUGCGUUUGGUAAAGAUACUAACAAGUUGUUAAAAGCCCGUAACCCCGCAUAUAUGCCAACUACUAAAGAAUAAGAGAUAGAGGCGUGGCCCUCUAUACAAAACGGCAACCAAUAAGGUCGUUCCGUUCGCUUCCCUUUUCUCACCCCAUGUACUGGUAGCUGUAUCGCCAACCCUCGUCCCCCUGUUAAGUAGCCGAAUGGUUUUUACAAUCGUUCUCUCUAUGAUCAACUCCAUCUCGUAACAGUCGACCACAUGUGCGCUGUAGAAACACAACAAUUUAUACUGCAGCAUAGUGUUAUUUCGCAUAACACCAAUCAAAUUAAUUAAUCAUAUUAAUUAUUUAUAUAAUAUUAGUUACUGAAAACGCGAAGCAUUCAAUUAUGUCACGGUCUGAUAUUGAAGAAGAUUCGUGUCCCAGAGUACGGUAUUCGGCGAGUCCAUUAGAUUUGAAACAGAAACCCAUAAGUGACUCUCCAUCAAAGUCGAAGAAAACUUCGUUUUGUAUAGAAGCGUUGCUAGGCCACCGUGAAGUUUCACGCAAGACAUCAUUGACCGCGUCAUCGGACUGUUCGUCUACUCCUUGUUCAAGCCGUAGUGCUUCGAUAUCUCCUGGGCCGGAACAACAAUUCGGAUACGAAGGUAAACACAGCGACGAGAACGAUGGAAUUUCGACCACAACAAUGCGAUCAUUGACUUACAAUUCCAACUACUUGAAGUCAGACUUCCCAAUCACUUCCUCUGCUACCGAACUUUUAACCCGCGACCAUAGACGGAAUGGUGGUUUUGGAUUUAUUCACGGAUCUUCAGCAUUUCAGCCAUUGCCCCGUAUAGAUACGAACACCAAUAAUUCUCCAAGCUCAACAAUCGCAACAGUUUCGGCCACAACUGCAAAUCCCAACCGCUCAAAUGUAUCUGCCGGUCAAUUACAACAGAUGCAACUCGAGUGGUUUGCUAGAGCAGGAAUGUUUUACGCUGGACCUAGAUUGCACGAUUUAACAGGCCCACACCCGCACGCUUUACUGGGGAAGACAAGACGGCCAAGAACUGCAUUCACUAGUCAGCAGCUUCUAGAGUUGGAAAAACAAUUCAGACAAAACAAAUAUUUAUCCAGACCUAAAAGAUUCGAGGUGGCUACAAAUUUAAUGCUCACUGAAACACAAGUGAAAAUUUGGUUUCAAAAUCGCCGGAUGAAAUGGAAACGCAGUAAAAAAGCUCAGCAAGAAGCUAAAAUAUCCUCGAGGGACGAUACGGCGUUGGAAAAACGAGGAACCGUAAAUAUUCGAACAUGCAGUACUGGGAGUAAUGAUCUACAAAGUAACUCCAACAUUAGAUCUCCCGAAGAAUCUCGCAUAAAAAUAGACUGUCCGACAUCUUCCGCUGCCACAACCAUUCAAACACAAUCUCAUCACAAUUCUACUGCUCAACUAAGCCAUAAUUAUCACACUAUAAACAAUAUUAGAUCGCACGAGCAAGACGGAAAUUGCGAAUCGUUAUACAGACCGUACGUAUCAUAACAGACUUUCGAGUAAAUUUGUUUUGUGUAUAAAGUUCCCAUAAAAAUAAUAACAACGUUGGUCAUUUUGUAUUAUAGACAUUAUUAACUGGUUUUAAUUA